AUGGGCGGGGCUAUGCCCAGGCUGUUGCCUUCAUGUUUCUUGGAUGGAUCCCAGCCCACACAACAGGGAUAUGUACCUACGCACAUCUGCACCAUUUUUCCGGUUGGGGACGAUUUCGUCCUUGCUCAUCUUGGCGAGCGUGCGACUGGCAUCCUUAUCAGCGAAGACGGAGUAAUCGCCGUCGAAGGCGUGGAAGGAUUUGUCGGCGUUGACGUCGUGGAUCCGACUGCAGAUCAGGAUGAGACCACAACUUCUGCAGAGGUUCAAGGGAUAGGGGAGCUACUUGCAGCUGCCAAUUUUCCUGAUCCUCAGUCUGAGUUGAGGCUCAUUUAUGGGAUUGCUUUUAUGGACUCUGAAGUGAAGGACUCUUGGUCUCUAUCUAGGGAUGCUGUCUCAGAGCAUUCAGUGGAUGGAUCACUUUUGAACCUCAGAACUUGGCUUCAGCUAGGGAAACAGCAGGGAUGGCAAAGAGUGGAGCUGCAUGUCAAAGACAAACAUUUAUUCCAUCUUCUUUCAGGCCAAACACUAUGCAAUGUGGAGGCUGCUGUCCUUGCUAAGGACAUUUGUUCACUGUUACAUUUGUUUCCAGCCUAUGAUCUUGUGGACUGUCUUUAG